AUGUCCGGGGCAUUAAGCUUGCUUGCGGAGCUCGAAAAGGACACUAAUAAAGCUCCGAGUCGAAAAAAUAGUCAAUCGAAACCAAGAACAGGUAGAUCGGCAGCUAAUUCGCGAUCAUCUUCAGUCCAAUCACGAGGACCAUCGCAAACACGACGUCCAACAUCAGCUCCAGCACCCCCCCAAAUUCCACCUCAGAAUAUAACUCCCCGGCGAACUACACAAUCAACAAAUGUUACCCCUCGAACAUCAUUCGACCGUGGAACCGAGAGGUCAAGAUCUCAAGGACCUGAUUCCCGAAGAGUUUCAUUCGCUGAUGCUCCACGACCACAAACCCGAACUUUAAUGGUACCUACGAAAGAAAGUGUGCUAUCGUCCGGAUUUCCGUACAACCCGAAGUUAAACAAAUAUGGUGUUUCCGAGCAUGAAUGGUCACAAUUCACCAAAGAAAUAUUGGACACUCUUCCAUCGUCAAAGAGCUUUAGCUGGAGAUGGAAACGUGGGAAAAUCAUUGCGAUUAUCAAAAGAGACCUUCAAUACGAAUCACCGUUGAAGUCAGCACUCAGACAAUGGAACAAAGGAUUCAGACGCAGAGGUUUCUCGGUGUAUUUGGAAAUCCCAGUCGAGAAGGAUUUGACCGACGAUGAGGUUUCGGGAGACACAAAGGAGGAAAAGAAACAAGCCAAGAAGGAUGCAAAGAAAUUCCGAUUUUUGAUAGGUGCUGCGAACUCAUCCUCUUCAUCCGUAUACUCGCGGACAAGUUUGGCGGAAAGUGUUAGUAGAGAAAGUCAUGUUAAGGCUGUAACAAUUACACACCAGGAUGAGGAACAAAUAACCAAUAAGUUCCCCCAAGCUGAGGUUGAGGGGACUCCGAAUGGAACGGCAGAAGAUGGAAGUAAUGAGGAAGAACCGUCGGCCGAAAAAGCCGCAGUAAUUUCGCCAUCGACAGAAACUGUAGAUAAUGCACCGGGUCCAUUACCCGUGGCAUGA